GGCGUCGGCGUCGGCGUCGGCGUCGGGGUCGGCAGCGGCAACGUCGACGGUAGCGACAACGAUGAUGCUGGUGGUGGCGGCGACGGCGGUGGCGCGGUGGUAGUGGUAGUAGAAGUUGGUGGUGGUGCUGGUCGCUCGCAUACCCCCACCGCGGCGUCUCGACGCUAUGGUUCAACUCGGCCUCCGCCGUCGGAGUGUCGUCUCAGUUACCAACAGACCGCGCGAUUGUUCGCAUCGUCGUCGCGAAGCGAGAGGGGAGAGAAAGAGAGAGCGAGAGAACGAAUGAAAGGAAGAGAGUGAAAGAGAGAGAGAAAGGAGUAUUCGAGUGUGGCGUGUGCAUACGCGCGCGCAAAAGGGAGCGAAAAAAAAAACGAUCAAAAUAAUACAAGGGAAAGGCGCAUUGGAGGAGGAAGGAGAAAGAGAGAGAGAGAGAAAGAAAAGAAAUUGAGCGAACUAUGUUACAAGUCGUCGCUGCCACCGUCGUCGUCGCUGUCUUCGUCUUCGUCGUCGUGCCGCUUGGUCUCGCCUGAACAAAGGAAGGUUCUUCUCCCUCGGUUCUCCACAUCGAGGGUCGUUUCCGAUCGACGAACCGUCGGGAUCCUUUCUCGGGUGUCUUCGGUGCGGCUCGUGCGCCUCGAGUGCACACGAAGCGGUCAGUCACGUAGCAGCGGCCGAGCCGUGAGGAACAAAGGACGGCGGCAGGAUCUGCGUUAGGGUGAGAGACACUAACGAGGGGGACCAACGAGAGCAUGUUGCACGGCGGUCGCUCCCAGCAACAUUGACAUAUGCAGUCGGAAAACAGGCGGUAAAAUUCAAUCGAUCGAAAUCCCCCCCGAUCCGAGAGGCUCCUCAGCUCUGCCGAACAACGCAAAGUCGCACACCGGUAAUCCGAAAGAAGAGGAGAGGAUCACGCCGCCAGUUUUGCGACUGAGAGAGAGAGACUCGCAAGAUCCGUCGGCGUGUCGUGAAGUUCGUCGAUCUGUGCAUUGUGCGUUGUUUUUUGCUUUUUUUUAUACUUUUCUAUCCUGACGAUUUUUCCCAGUGCGACGAUCCCGGAGUUUUGGAGGGAGAGGAAGAGAGAGAAAGAAAGAAGUGUGUAGCGUGUGCAUGCCUGUUGGACAUCCUCCGUGUCGAAAGGGACGCGACUUGUGAAUGGAAGAGAUAAAGGCUGAUAUAUAAAGUUGAGCCUCGAGAGCACAAUAGAUUGAGAGAAAGAGAAAUCAGAGAACUUUCUGGCGAUAUAUGCACGUAUCAUCCACGACGAACCGGCGACCUAACUUAACGACAACGACGGUCGAGAAACGCACGCGCGCGAAAACCGGAGAGAGAAUCUCAUUGUACGAGAGACGAAGAGGUGAAGACCGGACGAAAGGACGAAAGUGAAAAGGUAACGGCGAUCGGCACUCAUUCAAGUUCUCCGCCGUUCGUCUGACAACACCAUUGGUUUUCGUGUGAUGUGCCACAGAGUGUACUACGAUUAAAAAGGGACUCCGGAAGCACGGUAUUAUUCUCCAACGCAACGGAUUAUCCUCGUUUACGGGAUGCCGGUUGAUUGAAGAUGGCCUCGCCGACACCCUCGCUGGAAUCGCGCGCGAAUUCCCUCGGAUCCCCGGUCUCGCUGUCCCCGGUAACAGUGAGCGGCAGUUCGCCGCCUGCUAGCGACUCGGCGAUCUACGACGUCGACAGUUGCGACCUUUGCCUUGACGCAAAGCCGGGCGAGGGUCCGUGCCCGCGCUGUAGACUUGGUAGCACUGGUAGUGUUCGCUGUACCGGCUGCAAAUCGACGGCUGAAGCCGACGCAGUGGCGCGUUGCUUCGACUGCGCCAACUUUCUCUGUCCGAAUUGCGUGAUGGCGCAUCAGUUCAUGCUCUGCUUCGAGGGCCAUCGGCUUUCGAACCUGGGCAACCCCAAGCUAGAAACCGUCGGCAACGGUGGUGGAGGCGGCGGCGGCGAUGGUGGUGGUGGCGGCACGAUCAACGCGACUACUGAAUUGCCGAAGAGCACUAGCAGUGGCAGUGGCAACAGCUUGGUGAUCAACAGCAGCGGCAAUGGUAACAGCGGCGGGAACGGUGAGAAAGUGCACUUCUGCUCGCGACACAAGCAAGAGAUACUCAAAUACUUCUGCCGCAAUUGCACCGUGCCGGUCUGCAAAGAGUGCACGUUAUCAGAACACACGGCGCCUCUGCACGACUGCGCCCAUAUCUCGGAAGUGGGCACGCAGCAACUGGAAGCGAUGGCGCGCACUCUGCAAGAAUGCCGUGCGAAGACUGUGGACGCACGUGCAGUCGUCAAACAAGCGGAUCAUCACGCGGCGCGCUUGCAAGUACAAUACCACAAAGCACAGAACGAGAUCAACGACACCUUCCAGUUCUACCGAUCGAUGUUGGAGGAGCGCAAGCAGGAACUCUUAAAGGAACUCGAGUCGGUGUUUUCGUCUAAGCAGAUCUCCUUGAGUGUGGUCGGACAACGAGCCAACGAGAUGGCGGAUAAAAUUCAGCAAACUUGCGACUUCGUUGAACGUGUAACCAAGGUCACUACUGUUACCGACUUGCUGAUGGUGAAGAAGAUUCUCGAUUCAAAGCUGCAGAUGCUCCUUAAUUACAAUCCAACGGAUAUUAACAACCAGACAGUGGAGUUGGAGUUCGUCAGCAACUAUCAAGCUAUACAAGUCGGGGUCAGAAACACUUUUGGUUACGUUCGAAGUAGCAGUAGCAGCGACAACAGCGCUGGCUCUAUUGGCAAACAGCCACCGAUCGCACGGCCCACCGCAUUAUCGAGCAGUGGUACCAGCAAUGUCAGCAAUGGACCAGGAAGCGGCGCGGGUUCUCUGGGCGGUCUCCUUCUAGAUCGACCUUACAGUAACGGCCUGAUUUCCUCUAGUAUGAAUUGCGGCUCGUCGUCGUCGCCAUCGUCAAUCGAUACUAUCAGCACCGUGAUCUCGAAACGCUUUAGCUCAGCGAACAGUCUCGGACCGUUCUCCACAACAAUCAGCGAUGUGAGUCUGAAUGGCAUGAACGCCAAUCCAUACGAAAAGUGGAGCAACGGCGGUAGUGACACAUACCCUGUCGUCACGACGAAUGAUCAUUUCGCGAUGCCCUCUGCGGUAGCCGUGGCGGCAAACGCUGCACCUACGGACUCCGUACUGGAUCUUACGUCGAAACUAAUGACCGCUACUGCAAUAUUUCCACCAAAAUCGCAGAUCAAACGACAAAAGAUGAUCUACCAUUGUAAGUUUGGUGAAUUUGGCGUAAUGGAAGGUCAGUUUACAGAACCUUCAGGUGUGGCGGUGAACGCGCAGAACGACAUCAUAGUGGCGGACACAAAUAAUCAUCGUAUUCAAAUCUUUGACAAGGAAGGCAGGUUCAAGUUCCAAUUUGGAGAAUGCGGUAAGAGAGACGGGCAACUGUUAUACCCUAAUCGCGUUGCCGUUGUGAAGACAUCCGGCGAUAUCAUCGUCACGGAACGUUCGCCGACCCAUCAGAUACAGAUUUACAACCAGUACGGUCAGUUCGUGCGAAAGUUUGGUGCGAACAUCCUCCAGCACCCGCGCGGCGUCACCGUCGACUCGAAGGGACGUAUCGUCGUGGUGGAAUGCAAAGUGAUGCGCGUCAUUAUCUUUGAUCAGACUGGCAAUGUACUGCAAAAGUUUGGCUGCUCGAAACACCUGGAGUUUCCGAACGGCGUGGUGGUAAACGACAAACAAGAGAUCUUCAUCAGCGACAAUCGCGCUCAUUGCGUUAAGGUUUUCAACUACGACGGAGCUUACUUACGACAAAUUGGCGGCGAAGGCAUUACCAACUAUCCAAUCGGCGUGGGUAUCAACAGCCACGGCGAGAUACUGAUAGCGGACAAUCACAACAACUUCAACUUGACCAUUUUCACGCAGGACGGUCAGUUAGUAUCCGCUCUCGAGAGCAAGGUCAAGCAUGCGCAAUGCUUCGAUGUGGCACUGAUGGACGACGGUUCAGUCGUAUUAGCUAGUAAGGACUAUCGGCUCUACAUUUAUCGCUACGUGCAAGUACCGCCGAUCGGUAUGUAGAGCAGCGACGCGUCACGACGACGACGAUGAUCGUCGUGCGCCAGUGUCAACAUUCAUCAUCGUGUCAUCAUCAUCAUUAUCAUCAUCAUCAUCGUCACCAUUGCCACUCUUCAUCGUUGGACGGCCGUAAUCCCAGGGUCACCGCGAUCUCGUCGAUCUUAUCUUUCACCUAAGUUCGCCUGUCUUCUUCUGGACCCGCUCCUAAACCGACCACGAAUGCUCGUGCGCUCAAGUCACCACCGCCGCCGUCUGUUGAUCAUCUUCUUCUCACGCCCCACCCAUGAAACGCCGAUUGUGAGAGAAGGAGCGCAUUGCACGCUCCCAUAUGCGGACUUUCGAGGGAUCGACUCCCAAGCGAAUGUAAUUUACGCGGCAAGAACGGAGCCUCCUCGCCGGGAUUUCCCGAGGCGCUCCUCCUGUGGACUCUGCCGAACGACGGACAUCAUCGACGGUAUGCGAGAAAGCACGCGCGCGCGCUCCCCUCGACACUUCCUCGCAUCUUCGCGAGCGCAGCUCGUUCGCGGAUUUCGCGCCGGACUCGCGGGAAAGGAUGGAGACACGCGUGGCGCUCUGUGUAUAGCCCUCGCGAUGCUGGAUCUCGAGGACUCGCAACGAGAGAGAAAAGCGAGAGGACAUAAUCAAUCCCCCGCCCCGACAAAUUCGCGCGCGCUCCUUUCUUCGUGCGUACGCGCCGCGUAUACGCGCGCGGGUACGCGAUAACUUACUUGUUAAUGUUGUUAUAAUACUGAAAAUACUGUUGUUGUUGUUUAGUUGUAGAGCUCGCCGCCGCUAGUCACUUUUCCCUCGCCUUCCACCCUCCGCUCCUCUUCCCUUCACACCCGUUACCACCGCAUUGCACCCCUUCCCCCUUUACUAACCAUGAUCUUCUCUCUGAGACCCUGUCCGAUGAUCAUACCGAGAAUCGCGUUUCUACUCGUUAUAACACUUGUGUCCACACUUGGUCCAUGCGCUUCGGUCCGGUCGUAGAUCGUGUGUACAGGCGUGUCUGUGUCUGACAGCGCGCACUGACACUCUGUACACUUUCCCACGAUGAUCGAGCGAGAGGACUACCGGGUGUCGCGCUUGGAUCGCGUCUGGAUCACCAUCCCCGGUCACCGCGGUUCGAAAUGUCCUCCGGAACCAAUACCGCGUGCAGUUCGCGAGGAGCGCGUAAAGUUCGUUUCAUCGAACUCUCUGAGAGAUCCACCAAGGUCCACGCGAGAUACGACGGUUCGCGCAGACUUCUCAAACAGAUUCGAUCUUGUCCCGCGGGACACAAACUGAUCCUUUGUCGCUUGAAUUGUGUUUGUGUGUGGAGUUAUACCGCAGGUUUCGAAGUAAACCGUGCAUCGUCGACUUGUACAUCUCCAAACUUAUCAGAUUUAGGUAAAUGAUUAAGAUGACGAUGGUUAAUCCGAAAUCGUCGCGAGAAUCGUCCCGUGAAUUGUACACAGCAGGACGACAGGACAUUUGUGCGUUGCAGAUCGGACGGUAUUCCAUCGCUGAAAUUUUCUCUCGAACUCCUUUGUAUUUUUUUUUUCAGAUAAAUCUCUCAUUUGUUUGUAAUAACUACAACACAACUCCUACUCCUACGGACUUUAUUCUAAAGUGCAUUGCAUAAUUAUGAUGACGAUGAACAAUGUUGAACAAUUAUUGCGCACGUUCAUUCCUUUCAUUUCUUCGUUUCAACUUAUUGCUAUUUAGUUAAUUUUACUUAGUUAAUUUUCGCGUCUUUUCCCCAACCUAUGCAUUAUGUCCUAUCGCUCUGUCACAAUGCCAAGCUUGCAUCAAUCCGCGUUAAAUUAGUGGUUGCACGGUGGUUACUUUCUUCGCUGAUCAGCAUAGUAAAUUUAGUAGAAAAUGUUUAUUUUUAUCAACGAGAUUUUGUUCAGUGCUUAUCGACGAUAACGCUAUUCAUUGUGUUUCAAUAAAUUUGUAUAAAAAUACGUCGUAAAAAUCGUACUUUUUGAAAUAUUAGAGGCAGUAUGCACUAAGCGAUAUUGACGCUUGGAUAUAGAAUUGUGGAUUCGUACAUAACGUAAACGAAUGACGAAGAAAAUUGUUUAACUCUCAGAGGGACUUACAGAAAGCUUUACAAAAGAUGAAUCUCAAGAGAAGAAGGAAGGUGUUUGUCAUUUAUUCGUAAUCACGCGCAAAGAAAGCCGAUUGGAUUUAUCGAUGCAAAAUAUCGUAACUCGUUUCCAGUUCUUGUUAAAAGAAUGACAAAAUUAUCGCGUGUCAAGCACUACCUUUAUCAACGAGCGAAAGCACAGGCAUUGCUUUCUCCAGUUAUUUCCAUCCAGUUAACGGAACCCUCGUCCUUCUUCUUCUUUCUUUUUUUUUUAUUAGCGUAGUAAUAUCGUAGCGCAUAAUAGCUAUUAGCCUUAGUGAUCGUAUAAGACUUUCCUCCUUGCUCUGCAUAUUUCGUUCUUUUCAUAGUUGUCACGAUCUGAAACAUUUUAGUCUCUCUUUUACCACUUGUGCUUACUAGGAACGUGUUGUUGCCGCUUAUGUUCUUGGAUUUUGAUGAAAUCACCAAUAUCUGCCUCAGCUAUCAACGAUGAGGACCACCCAUCCUCCGACUCCCACCCGAUUGUCGCGCGACCGUUUUAGGUUCGCGCCGGCAUCACUUCAUUCGAAACUAUAGUAUUAAUAUAUACUUUGUUAGAUGGGUCGCCAAUCUCGGAAGUUUUCGUAAUUCUCCGCCACGCGACUCCAUGCAUGUUUGCUAUUAUUAUAUUAUAUUUUUAUUAAUAUUAUUGUGUAUUAUUAUACAUAUUAUUAACGAUUUGUUACGAUUUUCGAUUAUUGACACGAGGGAUCAUAUAAUGCCCCCGGAAUGUUGUGAAUGUCGAAAAAGGCUAGCUGGCAAAUUCUAACGACCCCGUCACUCGACCGCAAGGAUUCGCGGAUUGUGUUAGGAUCAUUAACUACCGAUUACCGUCGAUCGCGCCAACACCGACGCACUUCCGGAAGUUUUGGAAAGUUCUUCCGAGUCGAUCCAAGAUUUCCGGACUCUCGCGUUCAGUCGUUCAUGGAAAAAGUUAUUAUACCGCUUGACAGAAAUGAGUUUUACAUGGGUGAGUGAUGACUCUAAUCAAAUUCUUUUAAAGUACGAUCCUCCGAGACUCGAUCGGACAGGCAAUCUUCAUAAGGAUGUUUGUCCGCUCUAGUUUCGAAUAUUGUUUCAACUCAUUGUAACGGGAUUUUUAAAUAGGGUAGUAAGUUAAUAAAAGUAAUAAUUUAUUAACAAUUGAUCCUCCAUGAUUCGAUUGAACGAGCGAAAUAAGUGAAAUGCGUGCGAACGCUUUUGUAGCUUUCGUGAUCGGUUGUAAGAUCCUGAGAUAAUCUUAGGAUCAUCGCUCUCAUGUAAUUACUUGAUUUGGUAGUCGAAGCUAAUUGUGUGUCCAAGUUUUGUACUGAAUUGACAUUAAUGAGCUUAAAUGAUUCAAGAGUUAUGCCAUUUGAGCAAUUAGGAAUAUUGAUCUGAAGAUUUUGAAUCUGAUGAUCAUCUGUACGAAUCAAAGUGAUAUAUAGUGAUCACAGAGAAAUACACAUUGUUAUUUAAACAUAUUGUAUUUGCUGUAGUCACUAUUUACAAGUACAAAUUUUUUGAUCAAGAAGAGCCGCUUGAUAUCUGAUCAAAUGGAUACGGAUAAUGGCUCAAAUCUAGUUACGUUCACAUACAUUCUGAAUCUCAUAAUGCUCGUGAAAGGUGGUAUUAUUUAGGUAAAGACAUAGAUUAUGAUCUAUAAUGAAUAUUCUGCAUUGAGCGAUUCAUGAACUCGUGAUAUUUGAUAAAAGCAUGUUCUGCAAUACACCUCAUGAAUUGUGAAUUCUUAAAUUUCUACGUGAAUUUCAACCAAAGACUACCGAACCAAGCGAUAAUUGAAGAUCCUCGUCUUUGUUCGUCUCGAAUAAUUCUAUAGACAUUCCGUGAACGUUCAAACCGAUCUCCUCUUUACGAGCCGCUACGAUCAAGAUGGAUUAACUGUAAUUUCUCGGUUCGAAUGGAAUCGAUCUUGCCUUUGAUCGAAAUACUGGACAUUUUCCGAAUGUCCGCGAUGUACGAUGACGAAUUCCAUGGACGAGCAAAGACGACGGAAGUGAACAGGAUGUCCGAGAGAGAAAGGAAGGGGUCGAAAAUAAUGUUGAUUAGUUAUGUUUUUUUCUUUCAUGUCAUCUUUUAUUUCGAAUUUUUAUUUCAAUUUUUAGUUUACAUUCGCGCCGGCUCGGCUCGGCAAACCGUCAAGUUUUCUUUUUCAACUCGUUUGAUUCGUCAAGCAGUUUCAACGUUACUCGAUCGCGCAUCCGCGCCUCUCUUUUAUCUUUUUAAAUAACUUGACAAAGGCGGAAUGCCAAGAGAACGGCGCGACAAGGAAAUCCAACAUCCUUCUCUCGAACGAAGAACGCUGAUUUAUUAAAGUUUAUUACUAAAGUUAAUUGGUAAUUAUAUAUAAAAGCGGAGACACAUCAAUUUCGUGAGGGGAGGGGGGUGCAUCAUUGAAAUUACGGCAUCACAAGGUAUCUGUCCAUUAGUAUUUAUACCACAUAAGUAUGUGCUGAUCCGUAGUUAACAUUACUGUCUCAUUAUUAUCAUUAUUAUUAUUACUAUUUAGUUAUUAUUAUUAUUAUUAAUAUUUAGUUAUUAUUACUAUCAUAAUAUUAUAUUCUUUUAUUAUUAAUUAGUUAUUAUAACGUUAUGCAUUAACGUAUUGUCGCGAAAGCCGAGGAGAGACGAUACGCCACCUUGCCAGCUAGCCAUCACUACCACUUCAUCGUUCACAGUAAUCGACUGUGAGCUGAGCGCACAAGACAAGAGAUUAAAUUCCAUUCCUACUUACUACUCCCAAAGUAAGAGCUGAGAGUGUACGUUAUAUGCGUGUGUAUAUAUAUAUACAUAUAUAUGUUACUACGUGCCUGUGUGUGUUUUACAUAUGCGUGCGCGCUCGCAUUGCCCACGUUAUCACAGAAGGGACGCCUGACGCGCGCAAGAUGAAAGCGAAUACCGUUUCGAUACUGUCACUUUCUUACUAUCAACCACUUUAUUCCUUUUUUUGUACUGGUUUGUUAUGUUAUUAUUAUUAAUAUUAUUAUAAUAUUAUUGUAUUAUUAUUUUUAGAUGAUAAAACUCAAUUGUUCUUAAUUUAAUUGUAAAUCGUAUUUUUGUUUGUUUUUUAGUUAUUUUUUGUUGUAAAUGCUUUUUAAUAAUAUUUUCAGUUCACAUUACGCACGAGCAUUGGUCUUAUUCUUAUUUUCUACGUCUGUUGCCUGCUGUUCCCGACAACCGUCGACGGCCCGGUUCGGAAAAUCAAUAGCUCCCUUUUGAGGAAAGUCCAUUUUGAAGCAUCGAAUAGAAAUUUAACUUUUAAGAAAAGUCCACUCUGUCAAAUCAGCGAUGCCUCUAAGAAAUCUAAUUAUUAAUACAAGUAUUGCAAUCUGUUUACAACUCCUCUCGCUUUUAUACGACUUAAUGAUAUGAUUUCAUAUUCCAUCUCGAUUAUUCAUUAUUAUUCAUUAAAUGAAUAAUAACUGAAUAAUAAUUGCGCAAAGCAUCGAUGAUAAUCACAAUGGCGUCAUUUCGGUUAUCAUUUAUUGUUCCGGCAAUUAUUGGGUGAAAAUUUUUUCUCUUUUUAUAACGAAAUCAUAUCAUCACGUAAGAAAAUUUUGUAUUUCGUGCUAUCAAUCUUUCGAACCGGUCGUCGACAUCUCACCCGAUAGCAAUCGGAUCUCCUACCUACAAUCCUUGUAAGCGUGUUAUAUGCGCUUUAAGUAUAAUCGACGAGAGAACCUAUCCCGAACAAAGUCUCCUCGUCGAUGGUGAUCAGUACAUUCCACUAUAACGUGUGUGUGCGUUACGUAGCAUUGUGUUCCUGUUUGAUCAUAGACAAUGCAUUAUAGUGAUCUCUUAACGUAGCUAGUUGUUUACCACCAACGCACCGUGUCCUCGUUAUGUGCUGUAACUGUUGAAAUUUCUUACAGUAACUUGGGAACCAUUUCAUACGAAAGAGAGGAAACUGCUAUUAAAAAAAAAUAAUAGUUUGUUUUUCACUCGUUGAUUGAAAUUUCAUUUACAUCUUUUGUCUUAAUAAUAACGAUAAUGUAUGGAUUAAUUGCUAUAUAAUUAUCAUAUUACAGUAAUUUCUUCAAUAUUAAUCGCUUAUUAUAGUCGUUAGAUUAAUUUUUUUUUUAUACAAUAGAAAAUACAAAGGAGCGAUCUUCCGUCGAUACAUUAAUUUAAAAUAAAAAAUGGUUUUUUCAAUGGAGUUGAUAACGAUAUCACAGAUAAUUUGCAUCCUUCUUUCUUGCAAAAAUGUAACGAGAUAACGACUUGUGGUCAGUCCUUAAUUCCAUCGAAUGGCCUGCUUUUUCCGAUGGUUUCCUUUUCACGCGACGCUUUCUCGUGGCGAACGAUUGGCAAGAUAGAGAAACAGAGAGGAGAGAAACGCAUGGGAAACGGCGAAACGAGGCGAGAUCUAAUCUAAUUGGAAGAGUUCCCGCAAAAGUGCAGGGUCCCUCGGCCGCGCUCGGCGAUGUCGAUCGCCGGUGAAUUAAUAAUAACGAAAAAAAAGACAAGUUUUUAGAAACCUAUAGCGGAUUAUAGAUGUCACAUAUAUAUUUUUGUACGUUCGCAACGCGCGUUAAUUGUGUACCGACCGCGCCGAGCACCGCCGACGAAGCACGUGGGAGUAUUUCAAAUCGGUGACAUCGAAGAGGGAUACUCUCCUCCCAGCUUGCUCUAUGUUACCCUAACUCGUUCGAAAUCUUGCUGUAACACAAUUUGAAAUCACAAAUACGUCUAUUACGAGUAUCUCGGUCUCGGUCUAGGAGUCAGGGGAAGCCUUUUCCAGGGGAAGAGAAGAAGAAGAGAGGAGAUCGAGCUUAAAUCGAUGAAAAUUAGAGGAAAAGGAGAAAUCUGUGCAUUCCGAGGGGAGGGGGAAUCUUUUUUUUAAACUAACACAACGUCACUCACGAAACACACAAAAGCAAAGACAUUAGUAGCGCGCGGCGACUCUGUGUAACUUUUGCGAGAGAGGGAGAGACAGAAAAAAAAGAAGAAAAAUUACAUUCUUCCCGGGCCCAAGUAAUGUUACUUAAUGAGUAAAAAAAAGAGCAACUGUGAAAGUGAGAUGAGUGAAAGAGAGAAAGAGAAGAGAGGUCAAAGAAACAAAACCGGUACGAGAGGGGGGGAGAGAAAGAUAGAUUGAAUGGUUGAUCGCUAUUUUUAACUCGAGAAAAAUACCACUCCAAGUAUUGUUGCAUGCCUAGUUAUAUAUUGUACUUGCGCUGCCGAGCUGCAGUCUCUCUGACACCACACGAUGGAUAUUACGACGCUGUAAAACGAAACGUGAGGAAUCGGCGCGUCACGACCUGUCAACUUGUGGCGGCACCAAACGCUGACUCCGGUCGAUCACGUUUCCGUUCUCCGUCUACGUGUAUGGGACUGUAAUUUCGCGACGGUCGCCGAAUCGCCAACCGGAGCCGAUCUAGGUGCAACCACGAGACUCGAGAGAGGCCCGACACGUCGGCGACGCGCACGAUCGCGGUUUCCUAGUCCGUAAGCGAUAUACGCGAAUUAAUUAUUAUCGUACGCAUGUAUCACUAGCAUGAUUAAACGUGGUGUAUACGUAUCCGCGCGCAACGUGCGCCAAUCGACGGUUUCGAUGACAAAGAGGUCCAUAGAGGCAAGCAACAGUUAUUCCCGAGGCGUCGCAUCCCUUUGAGGAUCAAUAACUACCGACGAACUUGGAGCUUCAAGAUUGUUAAUAUUGUCGACUAAUUGAAGCCGAGAAGCGAGAAACUUUCAACGUAAUCUCGUUGUCGAUCAUGCAACUCUGGAAAACACGAAUUCAAGACACGAUCAAGGUCUUCUUGAAAAGUUCAUGCAUAUAAAUGCAGAAAAUUCCAUUUCUUGGUGAAAAUUAAAUUAUUAAAGGCGACUUGCCUACUGCCGGUCUCUUCUAGAAAGUCGAUUCAAGUCUCGGCUUUGCAACCGUAACUUUUGAAACAGCGGUCUGAAAAUGACAACGGAGUUGUCGAAGGAGGUGUGCGUGUGCUAAUGCGGGAAGUAGCAUGAAUUAUUCGUAAUGCAAGAGUUAUGGAUGCAAGAAACGGGAAGAGAAGAAAAAGAAGUAAGAGAGAUGUUUGAUACGUGUACGUUCAAAGUACAAAGAUGGCAAAAGAUUUUUCACUAUUAUGGCUUGAUCGACGAGCGAAUUAUCGGGCCGAUCGCGUCGUUCUCUCCUGGAAUUCAAGUAGAUCUUAAGACGUUACUCGAUGUUAAAUGGCCAGUUAUCGUUAUCGUUGAACCGCCCUUGCUGCUUACUUACCUCGGGAAAAGUUUUUAAUGGAUCGUCCGUGUGUUGAAGCGUGAAGACUAAGCGACCCGACCGGCCCUCCGCGUUUCCAUUAGGGAGUAUCUCUUCACUUCUUUUCCUUCUCGUUGAAAAAAUCGCUGUCGAUCUUCCGGUACGCGAUCCAGUCUUCGUCUGAUCGGAAGGAACAGAGUGAUAACCGUAGAUUCUAACUUUGACGCGUCGUAAAACGUGCUGAGAUUUGCAGACACGUAACUUUAUUCGUAUGUAAAAUUGAUUUGAUUUAAAAUUGAGAUACCGUCUUUUCUCUUAAUCCUCGUUGAAUGGAAAUUUUGCAAAUCGCACAUCGAAAAGAGGUAAAUACGCAGCAACAAUUUUCUAAAUCAAAUCUUUUACAAGCACGUGUCGCAAUCCGUGUACGCUUUACGAUGCCUCCAGAGUUGCAUGCCCGAUAAUAGAACACGAUGAGGAUACGCACCAAAAGUCAAAGUUUGAACCUUAAUUCUUAUAAGAACGAAGAAAUACUCGAUGGAGGAUGCCGAUAACAUAAAUCUCGCGUGGACCAUUUGCGAAUAAUUAAUACAUUCCAUUACGAAGAGGUGUCAAAGGAGAAGCGUGGCCCCAUCUGGGCAAACGAACAGUUUCCCUUUCUCGGUGAUCCGUCAUUUUUUCUUGCGGGAAAAGAAGGAAGAAGAGCGGUGAGAGGCAUGAGAACGAUCGGAUUGUAAUCGAUCGGCUGGUAGCCGUUGAUUGGGCACGGCACGUGGGGUACGGUAUGUGUUGUAAUUUAAGGUAUGUUUUUCUAGGCUUAGAUCUCGUGCGUUUUUAAGGUUUAACUCUAACGAGGCUGAACGAAUAAGAGGAGAGAUCAACGGGAGGAUGUACGUGCAUAUAGACGCGAGAGUAAGGUUUUGCUAUGUGGUGUAUAGAUAAGAAGUCUCCAGUAUUCCAUGAUGUCUGUAUCGUAAUCGUCGAUCGUUUACCCUCUCUUGAUUUUUACCGUCGAGCGAGAGAAAGAAGGGAGAAGGGGCGCCGUGCAUCUCCUUUAAACGUUCAAGGGGUGUUAAUACUGAAAGUAAGAUAGCGCAUAGGUGAAAUGGGAGAAAGGGGAAGAAGAAGAAGGAGAAGAAAAAGAAAGAAAGAAAGAGAAAGAGAGGCGAAAGAAGAACUUAUAUGUAUAUUACAUGUAUGAACAUAUAAUUAUAAGUCGAGUGUUUUAUUCGUCGGCCAUUUUUCCGGUGCCGCCCGCCGUCUUGUUAUUAUUGCUAUUGUAAGUCGUAUGACAAGAAACUAUACGAUUGAAUGUCUAGUCAUGGCCUCUCGAUACCUUUGCUACUUCGCAUCGCGUGUAAAACAAGUUAAACACUCAGCGUAUGUAAUAAUUAACACUAUUAGCCAGUAAGAAUACACGUAUAUACACAGUAUAUUUAAAUAUACAUACGACACGCGCAUGAUACACGUACACGCGGGUGAACACGUGCGCGGAGCACAGGGAUAAUUACUACUAUUAUUACCAUUAUUAUCAUUAUUAUUAUUACUAUUAUUCUCUUAUUAUUACUAUUAUUAUAAUUAUUAGAAAGGGGAUUUAAUAAGGAUUUCGUGCUAUUUCGUGCAUCGUCGUGAUGUCAACCACAUUAUUAUUAUGAUUGAUUACUAUUAAUACGACAAUUAUAUAUUACCCCGCCAUCGACUACGUUGCCAAAUGCGCGAUCGUCAUUUAUUGUCGGGUCAUUAUAAUACAUGCCGUUUACCAUUGUCUUUGCCUUUAUUGGUCUUUGCGAUUUAUCGAAUUUAUCGAGCAUUAUUUAUAAUUUUCGAGUUUUAUAUUUAUAUUUGCGUAAGCAUCGCGAUACGAUUCUAGUCGCCAAUUACUAAUCCACGCGAUGCAAUUUUAUUGCAUUUGCCAUUAUUAUUAUUAUAAUUAUUAUUAAUAUUAUUUAUUAUUACUAUUAUAUUUAUCAUUACUAUUAUUAUUGCUAAUAUCAUUUUUAUUAUUAUGAUUAUGAUUAUUAUUAUUAUUAUUGUCAUUAUUAUCGAUAAAUUAUUAUUAUUUAACCUGACACAUACGCGUCAUUAUAUUCCAUAUAAAUAUCCUAUUCAUAUCUAUAUUCGCUAAUCGAUGAUACGGACACAUAAUAUAAUGCAUAAUAUUAUAUUAUAAAUAUAUAUACAACGUACACACAUAUUUAAAUUAACUAUUAUUAUUACAUAGAUUGGUAGGGUUUUAUUAAGGAAGUUAACACGAGUAAGAAAAAACAAGGGAAAGAAAGAGAAAGGAGAAAAGAGGGGAAGCAGAGGAAACGAGAGAAGUGUUAUUUGACAAGUUGAACAAAAAAAGAAUAAGAAAAAAGUAAAUAGUUAGACCGCGCCUGUCACGAUGCGCGUGUCCGGUUGAGAGUAUAUAUGUAUUUUUUUAAAUUUUGAAAUUAACAAAAGAAUACAAAAAAUUGUGUGUGCAUGAGCGUGAGAGGGAGGCGCGAUGAAUAAAUAAACCAGGGAACAGUACUAUUUGUAGGUUAUUAAUUAACGACUAAUUAGCCGUGCAUCGAUGGUGUCACGGUACACUCGCGUUGAUAACUCGCCGUAUGACGAAGCGAUGAGGGAACGUAGGAUCGAGGGAGAUAAGGCGACAAAGAUGCGGGGAGAGUAAGCCGAGACUCGGAAGGGAGGGCUGAAUGUUUCUCGCAUACUUUUGAUCAAGCGAAAGCGACAGCGUAACACUCGUUCCUGGUGCAGUUGACAAAAAAUGCCCACGAUUAACAAAUAACAUUUCUACGUAGUUUCGCGACUCGGAAGGACAACCAUGCCGUAGUACCUACUUCGGUUUUCUCUCGCAACGAUCCCGGUAAUCGAUCCAGCGCUGCUGGUGAAACGUAACAAUAGCGGCUGAUUAUUUGCGUAAAUGAUCCGCGACACACUUGACGAAUAGUUGAUCGUUGUGCUCUCAAAAUAUCCAGAUGGAUAUAUCUAGCAACUGCUUAACACGAUACUUUUCAAACUCGACAUCUCGUAGCGUUAUUACUUUUCCAAAGAAUUCACGAAAUUCGAUAGCUUUACGUAAUAUAAUAACAUGAGGUGGCACGCGUUUAAAAUAAGUACACGAUAUGAAAUUAAAAAAAAGACAAAAAAACAAAAAGAUCUUUUUGCGUAAAUUUUCGAAUGGAUCAGCUUUUACUCGCGAGUUAUCUCUUUUAGAUAUCCUGGUAGUGCAAUAAUUAAGAGACAGCAUGACGUACGUGUCGAUGAGAGGAGGAACAUUCGAAAACGAGAAUUGAUUUCCUUUAACACGUACAUAGAGACCGCGCGAUCGUUGUUGUCUUUUCUUCCACGGAAAAUUUACUUGUAUAAUGAUAGGGGAGAGUGGGUGGACAUGGUGGAGAGAAUAUGCGGAGGACUUGAGUCGUGUCUGUCAAAGAAGAGCAAAACGUUUUUCUAAUAUAGAUACUACCGCUUGUCACAGCAGCCGUUAGCUUGAAUAUAUGGCACACGAAAAGUUAAGCAAACCAAUGUUGCAUCGAAAACAUCGUUUUCAGCAUCAGCAAACACGGUAAACAAAACUGCAUUGGACGUCGUUUGAAAAUCGAUAUGUCCCUUUCCUCUAUCCACUCUCCUCUGUACGCGAGUCAGUUGACAACGCGAGUCGGGAGAAAUAGCGUUUAGCGAUGGAAAUUGUAUCGUCCAAAGAAGCGUUGCUACCACAAGAAUUUUAUUUCGUUUUCAGUUGUCCUAAUAAUCCCUAAAUCAAAAACAACAUCUUAAUACUGCAACAAUCUUUUAAUAUUUUAUUUAAGAUUAUUCAGAAGACGUAUCAUUUCUCUGAAAUAUGUUUUAUAAUUCCUCUUGCAAUAAACGGAAAGAUAAAAGGAAUGUUUAAAGCACAGCAGACUGUUGUACAAAAAACUUGCAACAUAUUUUUCAAGCAAGAUAUUUUUCUUCGACGAUUCUAACUAACGCUUCCUAAGAUUGGAUUUCCAUCGCUGGGCAAGCGCGUCGAGUCGCGAGAAAACGGAAGUGAGUGAUGAGGAAAGAAGGGAGAUUGAGUCGGAUCGUUCAGUGGAAGAGAGGUAUAAACUAUAAGUAUCUUCAUGUCAAUUACUCUAGGGAACAUCAAAGCCAAGGGUGAAAUGUAACCUUUGCAAACCAACCAAAGGAACCUUUUAUCCCGCGAGAAUCUUUUUUCUACCACCCUAACGUACGUAUUUCUAAUGCGCAUCCGGUUAUCGACCGAUUCGUCCACCGCUUCCACUUCUUCUUGGCACACCGUUCAAUUUUGACGCAUAUUGCAUGCGAAAGAAACACGAAAAAAAAACCGAACAAAAGAAGAGAGCGGAAAGACACUGACCACACGAAAAGCGCCAUUCGCAGCUCGAAAUCCGCGGUUUGUCCCAAACGAACAGAGAGAAAGAGAGCAACUCGAACAGGUUUCGGACGGGACGCCCGAUUCUUUCUCGGAAAUUAUGGCAACGGGACCGACGUUUGUUUUGAAGGUACCGUUACGAAUUUUGCACUUUGAAUAAAAAAAGAAAGAAAGAAAAAAAGUGAAGGCGCGAGUCGACUUCUCCAAGCGUCGAAUUCUCCCUGACUUGAUCGGUGAACGAUCGUUGACAAGUAUCGAUGAUCGUUGAUCGAAUAUCACAAAGUUAUUCUUUGGAAAUUUUAUUUUUGCAAGACAUACCGACAUAAUGAAAUAUAGUGGCUGUCAAGAGUAGGCAACAGUCUGACAAGACACCUCUCAUGUGUAUUGUUAUAAUUCGCAAUAUGAAAGAAUAAACGUUCCCUCCGAGCUGAUCGAUAGACAAAACUUAAGAAGCAAACAGGAGCUGAACAAACGCAUAGAAAAGACGUGGGAGCAAGGCGAUUAGUCUUUCACAAAUAAUACGCAUGAACUUUUAUAUACGAUUUAAUCCUUUCGAGGCACAUUUUUACCACUUAAAAUUAAUACUAAGCAUAUCUUUCAUUGAUAGAUAAAAUUAUUCUUCUUCGUUAAAUAUUAAUAUUCUUUUAUAAAUUAAAUAAGGAGAAAUAAGUUGAAGACAUAUCGACUUCAAGAUAUUAUAAUUUUCUAACUUUUUCUUUUUAAAAUGAUGCCAUUGUAAAUAUUUUUUAUGAACAUAAUUUUUCCGAAAUCUCGAAAGGCUUAAAGCUAUUUGCAAGCGCGAUCACGAAAGCAUCGAUGCAUGAUCCAAAACUCGUAUCAAUUAAAUUUUCAAUAUUAUUAUUGAUCACAUAUAAGGGACCGAACUGAUACGCGAGGGAAUUUACUGAGUAAGUCUAAUUGUUAAACGUUUUGAUCACAGCUGAAGAGAUAAAACUUGCAAUCAGUACAUUUACGUUGUCAAAGCACAAUACUUUAUCAAUUCCAUUUCGAUAAUCAUACGUAGAUUUUUUAGAGUUAGAAUACUUUUACGUAACAGUGUUACGUUAUUAGAAGAGACCAGAGCAUAUAAUUGUUUAAAGAAUUACAAGUCUGAAGUAAAGAAUACAGUAUAGUUCAAGAUAUAAAUGUUUUCUAUUGUUACAAGAAAGUCUCUCGAGCAUGUGUGAUUCUGUUUUUGACUGAAGAAGCAUUUUACGUAAGAUUAUUUUGAUAAAUGAAAUGACAAUUAAUUUAUAGAAAAUCUUGUUUUUAAUUAUUACCGUAGGGCCAUAAUAUUGACAUUCGUGUACCAAGAUGUAAUUUCGAGCUUGAUAAAUUUGAACAAACUUAAUAAAAAUAAUUGACAAAUGUCUGGUACGAAUGUAAUAAAGAAAAUACAAUAAUUCCAUGCCAUUACACAUCGAAUUAUUGAUAAAUUUAAAUCACAAUCUUCCUUAUUCGUGAUAUUAUCUUUCAUAAUUCGUACUUAGAAACAAAUUCAUGAUAUUUCCACAGCGAAUAUUUAAAGAAAUUGCUUCGUUCAAAUCAGAAACAAAUUUCGUAGUACAUAUCCUCGGAUCUGUCAAAUAAAUUUUUAUCGCAGGUAAAGCUAAAUAAAAAAAGAGUUAUGAGAUUAAAUUAUUAUCUAUUAUCAAAAUUUAAUAUUUUACAAAUUAAAUCGCAAUCUCGCGAUCGUUUACAAUUGCAAUCACUCACAUUUACAUUUUCUUCAAAUUGCAAACCAAUUUCAACUAUCGAUUUUAUACAACAUAUUCCACCACGUCAAUUUCAACAUAUUUGCCCAUGCUCUCUCGCGUUGUAAAAUUUCAUAAGUACGUCGCUCUACUUCAAUAAAUAAAAACUAUUUAAAGAAUGUGGUUUCUAUCAUAUUGUUUCUUAAUUUGUGAUAUUAAAUAUCUUGAAAAACUUGCGAUAAGUCUUGCAUCAAAAUCAACUUUAUCAAAUUUUCAAACAAUUCAAGAUAUGCUAUAUUCUUCAUAUCGCAUUGAUAUCCAUUGCGUUAAGUAUAUUUAUUUUUUUGUUAGGUUAGUUGCUAUCUUAAAUAAAAAUAAAAAGAACUUUCUUGAGUUUCCUCAUUGCUCGACUAGAUGAUCUGGAUCCGGCCUACGAUAUCGAUAUCGAUGGACUUGAGAACCAUUUCCGCGCGAUACAAUAGCGUGAUUCUAUUAAUCUCCAGUGUUGUACGCAUUUAUUCAAUGUUCAUUGAAAUCGAUCGCGUGAAAAUGGUUCUCUAGCAAAUCGAUAGAGGAUGUCUCGCUCGCUCAAACGAAUCGAGUUCUUGUCGAGGACUUAUCUGCUAGGACCGAAUUAAAUCGUUAAAACAGAUGACCGAAAAGACUUAAGAGGGACGCGCAGCGAGAGAAAGAAAGAAGGAAUGAAAAAAAGAAAAGCAAGAUUUUGAGAGUAUUAUUUUGUCAUGGUGUAGCGUUUAUCAUAUUUAUAUACAUUAGCCAAUGUAUCGAUUAACGUUUAACGAUAUAUGCGCAUAUAACGUAAAUAUACGUAUAGGUAUAUAUACAUAUAUAUAUAAAAUAGAAAAUUACGACUAAUUAUCGGACUAUAUGAUAUUGACAAUUUAUCAAAUGUGUUAUAAAGUGUUUGUACGUAAUUUUUAAUUAUUGAUUAGCUGCGUUUUGCUCAUGUUGCGGGGGGAAUUUUCACGCGUAAAACGUUCAUGUUGUUGCAUACAUUGCAGAUAUGCGGGGAGGGAUGAAAAGAGAAGUUGCACGGUUUCCGAACGCAUUGUUAGCGAUAACUUUGUAAACAUUUGAUUGUGCUUUUGGUUACUGUAUUUACCGCCGAUUUUUCGCGAAAAAUAUUUGAAAUGUUUAAUUAAAUAAAUGUACUGUGUUGUUGAUGAUCAGGCACGAAAAAUUUGCGUGAAAUGUAGAUAUUAUUCAAAAAAAUAUUUUUAAUUUCACAUAAAAGAGAGCGAAGAAUAAUUCUUAGAGACAUAGCAACAAUUGAAUUACAUAUUGACGCAAACAAUAAAACCAAUCAUCAGAUCAGAGGAGAAUGACAAAUUUAAGAGUGAUAAAACGUAAAUGAGAGAGAACUCUCUGUAAAGAAACGUUAUUAAUAGCCGCGAAAAAAGAGAACAAAGUUUUCUAGUCUUCUGAUGCGAACGGUUAUCGUACGACUAUACUGUUUGUACAAUUACGAUGAUCGGUACAGUCGCACUAUUACAUAUUGCUAUGACAUCAUUAAUACGUCAGUCACCAUAUUAUUAUUAAUAUAACUGCAACACGCCAUAUACACGCCACCACAUCGUUAGGUAUCUCAAUGUCGUCCUUCAAACCUGAUCGAACGCGAUGCACCUCGAUCGUCCACGCGAUUGAGCAAUCAAUCGCUUGAUCGCGUAUAUCGUAGAAAUCAUUAACCGGCCCUUAGGUACUCUUAUCGGCGAAUGCUUCGUGUAAGUAUGGGCCAUGUGUAUGUACGACGUUACUGUAUCGUGUAUUGCACAAGACAGCUGUGUUAGUGUGCGUUGUGCUAUUCCCAGUUAUCGCUAUGCAAGUAAUGCCGUUUACCGUAUUUAAGCAUCUCGCGGUGUUAAAUAGCGCGAGUAAUGUAUAGUCGCUUGCUAAACUAUUAACCCCCUGCGUAGCACGUGCGAAAACAUAAUAGCGAAAACGAUAAACUGUAACUGAACACCAAUACUGUAACAAUAUCAAUCAUCCCCCUUUUUUAAUCGCGUUAAUGUUACCCCCGUCCGUUCUAUACGCCCCAAACUUAUCCGAUUAGCUCGCUCGACUAAAGCGACUCGCGGUUCUCUUAAAUGGUCUGUAUUACGCGACAUUCUGUUCGAUCAGAUUUCAGACAAACGUCGGAAGGUAUCGCGUUUCCGGUAAAAUUCCGGUGAAAUCAUUACGCUCGAGAUCCAAGUAUUAAAUUUUAUAUCCCGCGGCACAGAAAUGGAGAAUGCGUAUCGGCAAUUAACCGUAAUGAUUGUACAACUGGUGAAAAAUCAAAGGAUAAUCCGCAGAGUAUUGUGUUGUACAUCGCGAGAGAGAGAGAGAGAGAGAAGAGAGAGAGAGAGCUCUGUUAUGUUAGUAUUUUACACUGUAAUAAUAAUCCGUUAUAAUCCUAUCAUCAUUGCGAGGUACGUAAACCGGGUUAUCAUUAAUAAUUGAAAAAUCAUCGAAUAUCGGAAUCAGUGUUGGGGAUUUAAAACGAUAACAGACGUGGCUAUGCAAUUAAAUGAUCUUAGAGAAAAACAAAUUGAUCUCGAGUUUUCCGUCAUUCUGCAUAAUAUGCUGUAAUCAUAACUAGAAUAUUCAGCAAAGAUACAUAUUUUUUUAUUCCCGGGAAAAUGUUGUUUAAUCCUUUUUAUGAUUCUAAUAAUUUCAAAGACCAUAUUGUAUGUGUAUAUUGCAUUGUACGUGUAUAUAGAGACGUUGAAAAAUGUAAUGCGCUUUAAUUUUAAUGGUUGUAUUAAUGACUGAUCAGCAAAGUUAAUGCGUCGUCUUUAGUGUUUCUGAUAUAUUAACAUUUUUAAGACUUUCUCGCUAAUUGAGAUUCGCGUAGACAGGUAUACAGGGAUUACUUGGUGUGAUAUAAUUUAUAUUAUAAUUUAGCUAUUUAUAUUAUAACAGAAAAGAAUUUAUGUCAUAUAAUUCAGUUUUUUAAAACUGUUUCUCUCGAUUAAUUUUUUUACUUUUAAUUUUACGCGAUCGUGGUUUAUUUUACCAGAAUUGCGUUAUUCAUUGUAUUAGAUAUGCCGCAUCGCUUUGCUUUAUCGUAAUGUCAAUAGAUCGAUACCGGCAAUCGACGCGAAGUAUAUUUUACGUGUUUAUAUCGAACGUUCCGAGAUAACGUGCAUAUGUUGCCCUCAAUUUCCGCAAAUCCCCGAAAUCCGUAAUAUCGCAAUUAAUGUAUAAUAUUGAACUGCACUGUAUAUCGAAUAGUUUAUUCAGAUACUGACGAAGUAAUUUCCACAAUUUUACACGUACUUACCUCACGCAAUUACUGGACGAAUAUAUACGUACAAUGCCAGCGCAAAUUCGUUUAAAGAUGCAUUAAACGAGUUUUGCUUUGUAACGAACUGCAUACGUGAGAGAUAGCGCAAUUAAAUCCCUCGCGAUGUAAAUCCUUUGUGUGCAAAGCUUUCGUAAAUCCUGAUAUGAAACCGCGACGAAUUGAGAAUUUUAUUCGCAUUCGUAAUAACAUGGUGACAAAGCUGCGGCAGAAACUAGAGAUUUUCCAUGCAUAAUUGGCUUGGAAAUGCUUCUUACUCUUCUUACGCGCCCACUUGCCACGCGAUUACCUGUACAGUAUCAUAUUGUUUGUCGACAUCGAAUCACUUUUAAGAGACUGUUUUUCAAUCCGUCGUAAUAUUCGAACAUUUUAGGCAGACGGCGGAACGUCAUCCGUCGCGAGCUAUCAUCGCUGUUACAAGUUGCUCCGUAUAAUAAUAGAGUACGAAUAUGAACCGAAGACAACGUUUGAUAUAUCUUAUCGAUACGCCGAUAACUGCACUGUUCAAUAAAAGAGUGCAUUAUCUAGACCGAUACGAAGCAAUGUGUUGACAGUCGCAGGCUGUCACGAGCAAAACGGGAAAUGUAAUAUAUGUUACUGAAAUAGUUAUUGAGCUUAUUAAGUGAUAAUUAUUAACGCACAGCGCAAGCUGGCUCUUUUAAAAUUCGUUGACCAUUCUCUGAUUAGAAUAUUUUUCUGCACGCAAAAUAUUUUUUUACCGUGAAAAUUCGCGAGUUAUGGGAUUAAACGUGAAGGCACGUGUGCCGAUUAAUCAGGUUAUCGUUGUGAUCACCGUUUUAUUGAUAGUUAUUUCAAAGAUUGUUUGAUCAAUCCGUCGCGUGUUCCCCGUUUUAAUCUUGCCACGCACAAUAAACAUUUACAUAUGGUAAAUUAAUCAAAUAGUGCUCUAGUACGUCUGGACGUAACUCUGUUUUACGGAAGCGAAGGAAGAUCGUCCGGGAGUAUUCGAUAUUAAAAGAAGCAAAUAAUGUUAUAAUUUUUAUUUAUUACGGUGUGUAUCUCCGCUGGUACAAUCUAACAGUAUUUUGCACUAGUUUGGGGGUGUAGAAUUAACCGGUUCAAGAUUCGUGAAGGAACUAAACGCAACUUAUAAUCGAGAUUCAUACGUCUCUCGAGAAAAAUACACUGUCCUGUAUUUUCAUCGUGUUUUAGCGCUAAAUGCGACAGUCUAGUUCCAAAUUACAUUUGUCUACUACACAUAUAUAUAAAAAAUCACGAUAUUAAUCAACUAUCACAAGAGAGAAACUGCUGCGAGAAACGGGAAGUAGCAUUCGCGAAUAAGUUUCUCCGUAAUAAGCCAGUAAGAUUAAACGAUGCUUCUCCUUGACAAAAUUUGAAUUACAAGAAUUCAAUUAACAAAAUAUUUAAUAUAAAAAAAUUAACAAGUUAUGUAGAAAAUUGACUCUCCGAUUUGGCGAAGGAAAAUGCUUGCAAUCUCAAGAUCGUCCGUAGACUAAGAUUACAUUCAUACAUACACAAAGAUAAUCGAACAGAGCCGAGUGCGUUUAGCGCUAAAAGGCGUGCCAAGAAUGCGGUCUGUUAUCUCGUAAUAACGCGAACGAAUCGAUAACUAUUUUCCUCCGGCGAUGUUACGAUCACGCGUAUACCCUCGUAGGAUUUAGGCCAGUCGUAGUAAAGCGCUCGUAGUAAGUCACGUAGCCGAGUGUUCCGCGCGGAAGUGCUCGGACUGUUGUAGAGAUCUUUUUAAAUAAAGUACUUAAGGUAGUCACUCGGUUUUUCUCUUCUUGUCGAUAAGUAUUAUAAGCGGGGUCCACCUCUCAGGGUCGACCGCAGUCACGCGUGUAGAUUAGCAAUAGUGAGUCGUAGCGUAGCGAUUAUUUCGACGCACCUAUUAUUAUACCCCUUCGCGCGAAUACGAGAAAAUAAUCCCCGUAGUAUUUGUGGCGGAGUAUCGCGAGUAUACACGUUCUCCGCACCCUCUCGUUCGGUCGUGAGUCCCUCGCCAAAGGUGAUCGCCGAAGGGCCAACGGAGAGAAAAGGGUCUCGUAUUUUUGUCUCGUUGGACGUUGAUCGAUAUACCGAUACACACAGAGUGUUUCUUAGCGUGCGCCAGAUAUCUCGGGGAUAAAUUUGGAAAAUGGUCGAUGCGCGAACGCCGUUUGUCUUUCUUGUUUUAUUCAGUACGAAGCAUAUAGAUAUUUAGCAAAAGAUAAAUAUUUUAUUAAAUACGGCAUAAAUUAAAAAAUAUGAAAACGUAACGAAGGAAAGUAUACACUAUUAGGAAAAUAAUGUAUCACGUAGCUAAAAAACGACGAAAUUAACCCCGCAGUGAUGAUGCGUGUUAGGAAACACCUUGUGAUAUCAUCAUUAUUAAACGUUUGAGAAAAUUUAUUUUUCUACUGCAUACAUCGCGCGUCGCCGUGUCGCAUCGCACCAAGCAUUUCUGUUUUGCGUAACGGCAUUCCCGCGAUACAAUCCUCACGGUGGUGGUCAUCGAGCCGCGGAUCUCGCGAUUCAAAAGAUCAAAGGUCGUUAACACUAGAACAUUCGGAAGUGGAUAACUGGUUUAUCCACGACUGCGAUUGUUCACAUAAUCAUGAAUCGAUAACACUAAUAAUCCUGAUACUUUUCAAAAAGUGUAAGAGAUAACAUGAAAGCAAAUUGUGGAUAAUUAAAACUUCAUAAAUGUCACUUUUAUUCUCGAUCUUUUUUAUCUCUGCAUACGGCAAAUUUUCAAAGAAACGUCAUACGUAACGUGUAUAUAGAUACCUGUGAACGCAGGCACUCGUCAAGUCGGAAAGUAGUUGCUUCUCCUCAUACAUUAUUCACUGCCUAUCUUAGUUUUCGAUUCGGUUGCGUAUGGCGAGUUCUGGAAAAGCAGUAUUCGAUCGAGAAAUAGCCGGACGUUCUAGUGUUAAGCAAACAGAAGGGAAUAGGGAGGUUUCCAUGGGGUGAGGCCGAUAGACGGAGGGUGAUUAAAAGCAGAACGAAAUCUACUGAUUACGCAGGGAAGAAUUAAGAAGGAAGAGGAGGGAGAAAGAGGGAGAGUCCGACAUUUCUCUCCGUUAUGAUUUAAAUACGAGGACUCGCGACAACGCACAUGCAUUUAACGCACACGAGAAUAGAGGGGGAGGGGAUUAACGUAAGCAGCACAUAUAAACGCGACAGAAGCGUAUACGUAUCGAUAUGCUACGCGCGCACAACAUUCAACACGAUCAUACAUUGUAACCGCUGUAUAAAGAAAUCGCCGUUAGUGUAACUACUACAUUUGAGAGGGAAGUUGUCUAAGGAACGUUUCACGUGCACAUUUUCAUGCAUCACAUAUUCAUAUUCUCCCCGCGAUAUUAGUAUCCCUCUUUCGCGUCUCUGCCGUUCUGCGAUGAUCAGCGUUUGAAAACGAUCGAUUGAGCCUUCGCGUAUCAUCUGAACAAAGCAGAUGAGAAAAAAAAUCGUGAAAUUCUCCUCGCAAUAAAAUUUACUUUGCGAAACUUCCACUGCGCAAAAAUACGUUACUUUCUAACGUGAAUAUCGAAAAACAUCCGGCGAGUAUAUAUACAUGUAUAAUUAUGCUGCACGGUGAUAUAUUUGCAAAAGUCAAUGCCGGUACAAAAAGACGUCGCUUCGGGGCGAGACAGACGAGAGAUAGAAAAACGCGUCUGCAGGAAAUCGAGGAGAAUUUGAGAGAACCGCCGCGAGGGAGGUCACACUUUUUAGGAGUCGCACUACCACCCCCGUACUUUCACCCAUCCUUUUAAGACUGAACGAUUUCUUCGUAUAUCCUCGCGUGAUUUCUGACGUAGACGCGCGACAAAAAACGUACGAUUCGACUUUCUUAAAAAAAGAAAAAGGAAAAAAAAUGAAAAGAAAAAAAGAGGAAAAGAGAGAGAGAGUAGAGAGAUUGUGCUGCUUGACAAUGAUGUGCACGAGAUGAAUAGACGCAUGAGGGAUGCUACGCGCGAACGAGAAGGAGCAAUCGGACAACAGAACGAGAUGAAUCUGUACAUUUAUUAAAUAGGUGUGUUUUUCGUCGCGAGAAUUUGACAUUUCAUAGGGCCACGUGUGUAGCUGAGAGUUUUAGUUUUGCGAAGAGAGCAAGAUUUUCCUCUCAAAGGGACAUGUUCGUCGAAAGUCAUACUCGCAGAAAGUAAAACUCCCGAGUGAAUGCUGCACGAUGGACGAGGGAGGGAAAGAGCGCGGGAAGAGGAAUGGGGAUAUUAUCGAGGAAUUUAAUCGAUAAAAAAAGAAAAGAUGAAAAAAGAAGCGUAAUAACGAUUGAUUCUAACUCUAUCUCUAUAUUCUUCUACCAAUUAUAUUUUUCUAAUUAUAUUUAUACGUUGACUCGUAAGCUAAUCGACCAAGCGAUGUUUCAUGCUUGUGGUAGAACAUGAAUGACGAGGAGAAAACGCGACAAAACUUUAAAAAAAAAAAGAAAAAUGGAAAAGUGUUGAAAUGACAGAAAACGGAAGAAGAUGAAAGCAGUGAGGUUUGCGUUGCAAUUCAUGAUGACUACAAUACAUUGCGUCGCUCGUUUUCGCGAAAACGAUUCGGUCUAUCUUUCUUAUUCUCAACGAUCGGUCUUUUAUUCUUACCGCUGGUCCAUAGGAACACGUUAUUACUCGUAUACACACGAACGAAUUGAAACUGACGUAGUUUCAUCAAGUUCGACUCUCGCAGUCUUAAGCAAUGCCUGUUUAUAAGAAUGAAAACGGCGAUUUGAGCGAAGCAUAUUUUUUCCACGAUAUUUAAAAUUGCACCCACUGAAAUUACAUUGGUAUCAAUUCCUAUUUACGUGCGACUUCAGCUCGUGUUUCAGAAAGCAUCAAUAUCGCUCUCACGACGCGAUAUUCCGCUCGCGGGCAGAGCUGAGUCUCAUUGUCGAAGACGCGAGAAGAACGAGCUAUAUUUUUACAUUAUAUGACACACUUUUAUAGAAAAUAGCGGACUAUUUCUGUCUCACAAGAUUAAAAGAAAAAUAUUGUUUACUAUGCGAAGUGAGACUAAUAGCGCUUUUUCAAUUGCGAGAUUCAUUCAAAACGCUCAAAAGAGUUUCAUUAAAACAUUACAACAAUUACAUGUUUGUAAUAUUAUUCUCUUUGUUUAUUAACUUAAGUAAACUAACUCAAAAUUGCAUUGUGUUCAAAAUAGCUUUUGCAGCUAAAAAACGAGUUUUGGUAUAUUGAUUUUUUUUCGUUCACUCAGCUCUGCGCGCAAGAGUGCGAAUGUACUUAACAGUUUAACUAUAUAUGCACAAAACUGUAUCAGAUCAAAUUUAUUAGGCCGAUAUUUCACGCUCGUACGCCGCGCCUGGUUCCCGACGACUGCAGUUCGAUCGAAAAGAGAGGAAAGAGAGAGAAAGAGAAAGAGUAAUCCCGACCGUGAGAAACGAAUAUCGGCUGCGGAAACAUUUGAUUGCAAUGUCCAGAUGCAUUAUUCGGAAUAUUUCGUGUGGUAUGACAAGAAGAAAUUCUUUCAUUAAGAGACUAAAGCGCAAUCUAUUAGAAUUUAUUUUUAUACUAACUGAAAUCCCCUCGUGUCCAAUACGAAAUGUGCAUUACCGCAUUCGUACGAUCUGUAUGAACUGUUGAGCCCUUUCAGAUUUUCCCAUGGACUUGCCGCGUCAAACGAGGCCAGUCUGGUCGAACGACUCACGCAGUGAACUGGUACUGACUAUAUCGAACUAUUACAAUAUAUUAUACUGCUACAAUAAAACUAAAAUAUCGCUGCCGGUUUCUGUCGAGCAGCAGAUCGUCAGCUGUAUGACGAUUAACAAUUCCCGAGGCUUUCGACGUGAUCGAGGUGAUGCUUAUCAAAUCAAAAGUAGACAGGUCUCUCUGCAUCGCGGAUUCACAAAGUCUGUAUUUUUGUGUAUAGAGGAGGGAGAUGGUGCACACAUACAUCGACGCGUUCUCCACGGAUCCAUGGCACUUGUUACGACUAAUUUCGCACAAGACGCACGUACGCAAUUCGCGGAGGAGGCGCACUGGCUCGAAAUUGCGCGAGGCAACAAAAUCGGGGGUUGAAGGGAAAAAUGACGUCGGGCCCGAGGCGCGGUACUCUUCUUUCGAGCAGGCGCACCAGAAGGAAAAAAAUAACGAUUAGAAAUUAUUAAUCGACGGACAAAACGGCAAACUCGAAGUUCAGUCUCGAACGGCGCAGACAAUUCUUUUAUAUCGCGUUAUUAUCCGACGUUGUUAGGUCUUAGCGUUAAUGAUCGGCCAAAGGAAAUGCACACCAACGCAAUGUGGCGUACACACGUAUGCGAAACACACACACACACACACACAUACAUACACGCAUGCUAUGUGGAAUAAGACGUACAUACAAAGAUUCUUCACCGCUCCUUCCAAGUGUUGAACAAUGAAAGAAAAAGGGACACCGGUUUUAUCCGCCACCGGCGAUCGGCCAUUCGCACAUUCCAUACGCCGAUCGAGUGGCUGAGAAUCGCCAGUGUCCUGCACACGAGACACGUACAAAUAUCCACUCAUGCAGUCACACAAUCACACGUACAGACACACGCGAUACUUGUACAUGUACGAACCUCGUGGAAAUCCGCGAAAAUCCGUGUGAAUGGUAUCUUCAUAAUUAUUGCGUACGUAUAUACAUAUAUUAAUCACGAACACGCGUACACGAGUAUCUAUACGUACACUUGUAAUAUGUAUAUAUACAUAUAUUAUCAAAAAGCGAAGUAGAAAGUAAGCUGAUCGCGGCUACUUCAAGAAAUCAAAUUUGCGUGUUGCGAGGACGAUGUUGUGAAGGAAUGACGUGUGAGGAACCGAGAGAAUGAGAGCGAGAAAGCAGACGAACAGAGGAGGAGGAAAAUGACGGAGAAGUGAAUAAUAAUAAUUGGUGAUGACUGUAAACGGUUAAACAAGCGCCGCGGGGGGCGCGGGGUGUGCGCGCGUGGUCGAUAUAAUCCUCGAAUAAUUUGCGCGAGAAAAACGAGGACAAGGAAUAGGUAUAUCGGGAUGCUUGUGACGAUGGGGUUGUAAAACGGCAAAAUUUUCCAGCGACAGGAUCGAUGACUGUUACAGAUGAAUGAAUGAAGAUAAUAUUUUGGUUUGAGUUUAUUGAGCGAAUUUAAAAGCUUACACAGUUAUAAAUUACAAGAGAUACUCUACAUAUCAUAAAUGAUAUUUUGUGCAGUAAGUAAUGAAAACAGUAUUAGUUCACUUAAAUCGAUUAUUACGGCAAAAGAUAGUCUAAUUUAUCUAUCACUAAUCGAAAAAAAUCUGUAACUAAAAAUUUUUAUACUCGGAGAGUGGUACUUAAUUUUCUAUAAUUUCUUAUAUCGCAAUCAUGCAUGUCGAUAAAAAGGCCGAACGUGAAGGAUAUAACAAGGAAUUAAAGUAAUGUAAAAAGUGAGAAGACUGUUGCUCUUGUUGGUGGAAGAUCGUCAAUACUCAUCGUCGUAAUUGCACCGAUAAAGCAGUACAGCGGCGAUAACGUCGGUGCUCCUUCGGUGAACUUCCUGUUUGAUCGCGUCGCGAAGGGGGAACGAACUUGCGAACGAUAUCCGUGAUGAUUAGACCGGUUUUUAAAUCGAGGAGCGACGAUAUAUGUGUGUCUCGUUCUGUGUAAUGAAUCGACGAAAAACGGCUGUAAAUCUGUAUAAAGGGUUUUCCAGUUGAAAUAAUUAUUUUAUUAACUUGGUCGUUUGUACGUGUGCAGUUCUUGCGGCGUAACGAGGAGAUAGUAGUCGGAGCGAUAUACGUAUACAUGUGUACGUGCGCAUUUGGAAUUGGCUCAAUUCUUCCUCAAUCGCGAGAAGAUCGAACCGCCCUCAAUUGUAUUUUCGUCACGGACGACGUUCGGCGUACACGUGAGAGACGAGAAAUCCCUCUCUGUUUCCCUCGGAGAGAAGAAUCGUCGCGAGGAAGUCGUCUUUCGAUGCCGCAUCCGUCGAAGAACUUUGCCACGUGAGAUAAAUCUUCGUUGAAAGUUACUCUUAAUUCUAUGCCGACUGCGAGGAUUUUUAUUAUCGGAAGCAGCUAUCGAAAGAUGAUAUCCUUCCUCAGUGAACAUAUAGAUAUGUAUCCACUGAAUAUCAUUCGGGAUUACAUCGCUCUCGAGCGGAACUCUCAAGUGUACGGUUAGACUUCGUCCGUACAUACGACAGUAACGUUGUUGAUGGAACGAUCUCGCGCAUUACGAUACGCGUACGGUUUCGAGCGAAAGGGAGGAAACGGAUUUCCGAUAACGCGGAUACGAUACGUCGAGAAGGGUUGAGAAUUUUUCGUAACAGUGACGCAGCGGAUCGGCGUAACGUCCGCAACCCCUCGUUGCAAAGCCCCCCCUCGGUCGCCGAUUCACGUUUGUUUGGUUUUUAUUGUCAGAAGUUUCUAUUUUUCCAUAAUACGAUAAGGGACGAUAAUAUUUACUACUGAUAUAUGUGUAUAUGUGUGUGAGUGCGUUGCGUGAUUGCAAGUGGUAGCGUGCGAUCGAGAGAACGAAAAAAUAGAGAGAAAGGGAGAGAGAGAGAGAGAGAGAGAGAGAGAGAGAGAGAGAGAGAACGAAAGAGAAAGAAAGGGAGAGAGAGAGCAACCAGAGCGAAGAAAGUUUUAUAACGACAUGGUUUGUUAAGUAUUGAAAAGAGGCCACGAGUCUGCGGAAGGUACUUUAACAGUGCCCAUCAUCGGGGCUCGAAAAUCGCGUCCGUCAUGUUGAUAAUGAAGUUGUUGCAGUGUAGUGGAAACCUAAUCGAAGCCAAUUAUAAUUAAGAUUUGUAAAGAAAAUAAAAGUUUCAGAGAUCGAAGUCCUUGUUCUGAUUUACCUUCUUCAGUUUUCGAGCCCCGUAUCUGUUAUUACCUAUGGUAAAAGAUACGAGAAAAGCGAAGCUGAAAUGUUGCGAAGUUACUCAAAUUGAAGCGAUAAGAAUGUGACAGAGGUAGAGUGAAGGCGAUUCGGAUAUGAGUGAGUGCGAGCGAGAGGGAGAGACAAUUUUUUUCUUGUUAUGAACUAAGUGUGCCUAGUCAAUAGAAUAUAUCUUGUCAAUUUUAAUAUUAUAUAUAUUAUAUAUAUUAUAUAUAUUACUACGAUUAUAUGAUUUAAACUUGAUACUGUAAUAUUAACGAUGUGAAAACCUAUCGGUCGCGAGGAAAACGAGGAAAAAAAAAGAGAAAAACGUAAUGAUACGACAAUGAUUGUGCUGUGUUGUAAUACGAAAUGUUGGCCUGUGACUUAUAUUUGUAGCGAUUAUACGUACGUACACGUACCAGCAUAAAAAAACGGUAACAUCCAGAAUACAAAAAAAAGAUGACGUAAUAACGAUACGCGAGUCACAUACAUACACACAUACGUACAUAUAUAUGUGUCUAUAUAUGUAGGUUGUGCCACUUUUUUCAGUCGUGAGAGUAAGACCCUCCGAGAAUCGCGAACGAUCGAUCGCGAUCGGCAAAGCCGAUGUAAUUUUACGGUACAGACUGUCGGAUUUUAAAUUUAUUUCUAUCGGAUACACCUCGCUUCAAGAGGAGCAGUAAUUAAACUUCUAUUGGAAAAAGGGUUUGACAAGGGAACUCAAUAAGAGUAAGAGCUCAAUAUAUAGUUAAUAAGAGUAAGAGUUUAAUAGUCGGAUUUUAUCAGCUCGCGCGAGUUGAUGAUUUCUGAAUUAUUCGACCUCGAAAUUGUCAAGAAUGUCGGCCAAAGCAUUUCGCGAUUCUCGGCUUUCCGUCGCGCAAGCAUAAGGACAAAGCUUGCAAUAGCGGUCGGAUAACAGGAGCAGCGCUCACGCGUGCUUUGACUCGUAUUGAGAGUACGUGAGAGAGAGAGAGAGAGAGAGAGAGGAAAAAAGAAAGAGAGGAAGAAAAAGAGCGACGAGGAAUAAGAAAGAAUUUUGAGAAAGCAAUGUAAAAUGCAUCAACGACGUAGCUCUCUCUCUCUCUCCCACUUUCUCCUGGUCUCUCUUUCUUUUACUCUCUCUCCCUCUUCCUCAUGCAUUUUGUAUGUCAGAGAUAUGGAACCGUAUUUGGAAACGUAUAGCAAGAAACUGAGAAGCGAUCCCGAAAAAUAAUAGAAGUCAUAUGCGAAAAUGGGACUCUGUGUGUGUGUGUGUGUGUGUGUGUGUGUAUUCGCGCGUGUAUGUAUGUAGCAUGCGUAUAUGCAUGUGAAGAAAAAAGACACCGAACGAGAAAUAUUUUUUCUAAUAAAAACUCGUCCCAAUCAUGGCAAACAACCUUCUACUCUGUUACGCGCGAGACCAAUUCGCUUAAUGAUUGGUUCGUGGAAAGAACAGAUGUUAAAUUGUGGACGAGAAAAACGGAGAAAAACAGAGAGGGAGAGAGAGAGAAAAAAGAGAGAAAAGAAGAAAUGAGCGGAGAGAGGGAGGGAGAAAAAAGGAAAAGUGAUUUCUCUUGAAACGAAAGAAAAUGCAAGAAAGAUAAGAUAGUGAAUGAAAGAAGGAGGCAGGGGAAAAGAUGCAGAGAUAUUAAAGGGUUGGUUCAUAUCAAGAUUGGUUAUGUGGAAUAAGAGGGCUAUUUAUUUAGGAUAUAACUAUAAAUGGUCUGUUUUAAUGUGUCACGGGCUACACGUAUUGUACUAUAAUAUCUAACAAUAAAGUAUUUUGUUUGCUUCAAAAAA